AGUAUAUGUAAAACAUUGUGGGAGACACGUGGCAUUGUGUUUCUCUGAGUCUUCAUGGCGUUCUCUGUGACACUCUCCUACACCUCCUUCCCUUGCCUUCCUCGCUUCAAGCAAACUUUGGGAAGAAAAAGCGCUAAUUUUCCAUUGAUUCGUGCAGUGCAAAGUGGUGAAGGAGAGACCCCAGAGAGUAAGAGUGAAGGGACAUCCAAUGCUCAGUCUUCAAGUGCUGCUGCUGCACCUAAGAUUCCCAAGAAACCUGUCUAUUCCAUGAAGAAAGGUCAGAUUGUGAGGGUGGACAAGGAGAAAUAUCUCAAUAGCGUCAACUAUCUUUCUGUUGGGCACCCACCUUAUUACAAAGGAUUGGACUACAUUUAUGAAGACCGUGGUGAGGUACUGGAUAUGCGUAUAUUUGAAACAGGAGAGCAUGCACUUGUUGCGUGGGUAGGGGUACCCACUGCUCCAGCUUGGCUUCCUACGUACAUGCUUAUCAAGUCAGAGAAGCUCAACUAUGAGAGGCUAUGACCUACAGUUGGGGCGCACAAGAUUGCUAUAUAACUCAUUGUUUUCCUGAUGUUACAAGAGUAUAAUUCAAGAAGCCGGGUUUGAAACACCAUCUGAGACUGUACCCCAUCUUUAGUGCAGAGUACUUCGAAGUUUUGUGAUGAAUGUGCAUUUGUGGCUAUUCGUAAUUUUUAAUAAGGAUAAAUGGUCGUUUGAUUUGAAAAAAAAAAUUGUUUUUAUUUUUUA